CCUAGAGCUGCCCAAGCGAAACAAGCGCCAGCUCUCCGGUUAAAUAUUCACCUGCUCCAGCUUCGGGAGCUAGCCCCUCCCCCAGACUCUUCUCCCCUGGCUCGGGAAGUGGCCAGCUGCAGGGGAGGCUCCCCGAGGAGGGGGCAGAGUUUGGGUCCACCUGCCGCUGGAAGCUGGCCAAAGCCAGCCCCUUUCAGAGGUACCCAGUGAGAAGAGGGGAAUGACCCCAGCCAGCUCCGAGCCCCGCUCAGCGGGGAGAGGCGAGCGGCUGCAGUCGGAGCAGUGGCUGCGGGAACCUCGCUGAGCGGGUGACCAGGUCUGGAGGAAACGCAACGCAGGGACCUGGCACAGGGCAGUCGCCAGGCGAGCAGCAGGGGCACCACGUGUCAGCCAGGAAGGGCCACGACUCGCUGGACCCUCUGUGCCAUGAGGGGCCCUGCACAGGGCACAUGGGCAGCGCUGCGUCCUGUCUGCCGCAGAGAGGCCAGUAUCCUCCCCCCCAGAUGAGAGGGAGGGGCCUGAAACCCUGCGCCCCCCCCCCCCUGCACUUCCGGGAGUUAGUGCUGGUGUUUCGUUCAGUCCCAAUUCACAGGGCCCUGGGGGAGGCUACUCCAGUAUCUCACUCUGGUGCUAGCCAUGGAUGGCACACAGGGGCCUGCUCCCUCCAGCUGGCAGGCUGGCAAGAGGAGCACUUGCUAGUUAUUCCCCUGGGAACUCAAUUCCCCAAACAGUCCAGCAGCUGCAGGUCACGUGGCCCCUUGUAAGGCCAAGGCAGUUCCAUGCUGAACCGUGCAGGUGCAGACGGGCCUACGCCGUUCAGGACAGCCAACCCACUGCUGACACCAUCACACCACAGAGGAGCCUGCGGGCAGCUGCGCACAGCCUCUCAGCCUCCAGGCAUUAAUAGAGGAUGUGCUGCGCCGAUGGCCAUUUGCCAGGCUGGGAGGUUGACAGCCACUUCCCCAGGACACCCUGCCCUGUGCGCUGCCAGAUUGGGGAGCCGCCCGAAGCCGGAGCGGGGCGCCGGGGGCUGCCCGGCGGGGCCCAGGAGGAGGAAGCGAACCACGUUCAGCCGGGGGCAGCUGUGCGAGCUGGAGCGGGUGUUCGCCGCGCUGCCCUACCCCGACAUCGGCACCCGCGAGCGCCUGGCCGAGCUCACCCACCUGCCCGAGGCCAAGAUCCAGGUCUGGUUCCAGAACCGCCGCGCCCGGAGGAUCAAGAGCGGGAAGCCGGAGCAGCCGAGCUGCCGGAGGGCUCUGGCCAGUAAACCGCCCCCCUCCUGCCCCCCACCGCCCCAGGGACAAGGGGCCAGAAGCCAACAGGUGCCCGAGCUCCGCCUGCCCGGCAGCUCCCCGCAGCAGUGCCUGGGCCAAGCGCUGCCGGGCCUGGUCUCUGCCUUCCAGGGGCAGCUCCUGUGGGAGGACAGCUGCCAGCCCCCCUGCAGCCAGGCGGGAGCCCAGUGGCCUGUGGCUGCCCCCGGCCAGGCGGGGCCGCAGGGAGCGGACCCCACGGCCGGUGAGGGGCUCUCCUAUUGGGAUGUGUUCCCUGCGCAGACCUCCCUCGGCUACAUCUCCGACCUCAUCUAUAACGCGGCCAUCAUCACCAACCUGGGCGAGCCCUAGGCCUGGCCCCGGCCAAGGCGGGGGCCGCAGUUGUUGCUGGGGGGCAGCCGUCAGGCCUGGCGCCUAGAGCUCCCCUGGAGCAGCUGGCCCCAGGCACUGCUGGGCUCUGUGCUGGGCAAGACAUCCGGACCUGCGGUGCCAGCUGGAAACUGCUGCCCAUGGACAUGGGGGCAAACCCAGCUAACGGGGCCAGGCUGCCAACUGGAAACAGCCCUUAGCUGGGUCAGCUCCCCUCCGCCCGGCUCCCAACCCCCACUCCAUCUAACCACUAGCCUGCAGGGCAGCUGGGCGCGGGGGGCUCUGGGCUGCCACAGGACACGGAGGACUAAGUGUCUGAGCCCCUGCAGUGAUACCUGGCUGAAUUAAUCUGGAGGGAGGCUCUGCUCGCAGGGCGUGCAGCGGGGUGACCUCUGCAUCUUGCCUUUCUUGGGUGCGCGCUGCAAAGCAAUUCCAUCCCAAUCAUAACUGUGGGGCCGCGCCCCCUCCCCAGCUUAGCGCUGUCAUUUUCAUUAGAGGGGAAGUAUUAUUGCAGUGACUCCUUAAGAUCUUUGCAAUACCAUCCAAUAUCCUAAAUGCAGGUCUGUGCCGCGGGCUGGCAGCGCGGGGCUGCAGCCCGGUCCUGCAUAUCACAAUCAGCAGUAAUACCAACUAAUCUCUCAAAAAAUACCUUAAUCUCAGGCUGUAUUUGCAAAUGAUUGUGGCCGGGCCCCGCCACGGACUUUAUCUACAUUACCUAAUCCCGGCGCUAUGUAACAUUUCCAGGUUACAAAAUAGAUUUGCACAUAUCAGAAAUAUUAAAGCGUGUUUUUAGAAGGA